AAUGCAGCGCGAGGAGUCUCCAUUCUGCAAAGAUGGCGGUAUUUCCGCUGCGGUUAUUUUUCUGAACUUUGAAACUUUAUUUUCAGAUUUUAGUUUAUUAACAUUUUCUUUAUUUUCCAGGUUCUCAGAAACUUUCAGGUGGGUCACGGAGUCUGUGGUUCCGAUUGUCAAAGCUCGUCGUAGUUUUUUUAAAUUAAUAUAUAUUAACCGUUAACGGUCAGAGAGAGAGAGAGAGAGAGAGAGAGUCCCCACCUGGACCGGAGCCUAAACCUGGUUCUGAACCUGAACCUGAACCACUUCCACAGAUUUAUAAACCCGAGCCUUGAGGAGUCAUGAAGGAGGGUCUGAGUCUGGUCCAGAAGCUCAGUGGUCACCCGGACUCUCGGUGCUGGUUCGUCAGCUGGAGUCCAAACGGGACUUUGUUGGCUUCCUGUGGGGGGGACAAGACGAUCCGGAUCUGGGGACGAGAAGGUGAGCUACCUUUAGGGCUGAUCGGGACUGGGCGAUAUCGAUAUAUGUUUGAAUGAGAUUUGGAAUUGGACCAAAUAGAUAUAUAAUGACAUAGAUGUAGAUAGAUAAAUAAUAGAUAUACAGAUAUUAGAUGCUGUUGUUGACAGGCUGGAGUUUCUUGAAACAAAGAAGGACACACUUGUCUGUCCUCUAAUGUGGACAUGAAGACAGCACCGACUGUUUAUUAGUAAGAAAGAAAGAAGAGGAAAUGUUUACGGAGUUCAUCGUCUAGUUUUAAACUAUUUUAAAGAAGAAAGACAGAUAAAUAAUCUCAAAAUGAUGUUUAAAAAUUAUUUUCUUAAACUUUAUUUUGUUCUGUCUUCAUUCAUGUAAAUGCUGACCUUACUAGAGUUUGUCAGAUUUAAUUCUUCUGUUCGUUGUUUGUUAGAGAGGAGAAGAAAAUCUGUAAUUUGAUUUUAAUCGGUUUUUUAUAGUUGUCCAAAUGUUGAUGCUUUUCUCAUAUAAAUACAUUUAUUUCAGAAAAAGAUGGGCCUAUUUUACUUUAUAGGAUAUUUUUAUUUAAGAUAUAUUUUUCAUUUAAAUGUUCACUUUAUGGAGCUCCAAUGAAAACAAAGGUCCUCCUGUGGUUUUAGAGUUUUUAUGUUUACAUUUUAUUGUUCAACUACUUGUGACAUGUCAUAUUUGUCUUUAACUGUAACUCUACAUUUGUUCUCACUUUGCCAAAACAGUAUCAGGAUAUAGAUCGUAUAUCGAUAUUCAGCCUAAAUGUAUCAGGAUCUGAGUUCUGGUCCAUGUCGCCCGGCCCUCGGACUGAUGAUGGUUUUGGGGUGCCGGCUCCGGUCUGAGAACCAGAUGAAUGAGGGUUCACAGUAAAACUGACCCUGUUUUAGCAGGAGACCCUCUGACCCUGUCUGUUCUUCCUCAGGUGAGUCCUGGGUCUGUAAGAGUGUCCUCGAGGAUGGACACCAGCGGACCGUCAGGAAGGUGUCCUGGUCUCCCUGUGGGAACUAUCUGGCCUCCGCCAGUUUCGACGCAACAACCAGCAUCUGGAAGAAGAAGGACAACCAGGACUUUGAGGUUAGAGACCAAAAACCUUUCACUGCUGAUGAUGAAUCCUCCUGUCCAGGUCUGACCCUGAGCUCUGAACCUUUCAGAGUCUGACCGUGUUGGAGGGACACGAGAACGAGGUCAAAUGUGUGGCGUGGGCGCCGUCUGGGAAUCUCCUGGCCACGUGCAGCAGAGACAAGAGUGUGUGGGUGUGGGAGGGUAAGUGUUGGACCUGCUGACCCUGAAUCCACCAUCCUGGUCCUCUCUGACGAUGAUCUCUGAUGUCUCUGUGUCUCUCAGUGGACGAGGAGGACGAGUACGAGUGUGUCACAGUCCUGAACUCCCACACACAAGAUGUCAAACAUGUUGUGUGGCACCCCACUCAGGAGGUAAGUCCCCGUCCUGCCUGUGCCUCAGAGUGUCGCUCCUUCACCUCACAGCAGGUGUGUUUCUGUGUCCGCAGCUCCUGGCCUCAGCGAGCUACGACAACAACAUCUGUCUCUACAAGGAGGACGACGAUGACUGGGAGUGCAGGGCCACGCUGCAGGGACACACGUCCACGGUGUGGGGUUUGUCUUUUGAUGCGGCGGGACAGAGACUCGCCUCCUGCAGUGACGACCGCAGCGUGAAGAUCUGGAAGGAUUAUUCCAGCGGGAGCGGAGCAGGAGGUGAGUUUAGAGGAUCAGUCCUUCAAGAAAUGAAGAUUUUAGUUCAGGAGAAAAAUUAACUCCGAGUUUGUUUUCAGGAGAUUUAUCCUGGAAGUGUGUUUGUACUCUGUCAGGAUUCCACGGACGAACCGUGUACGACGUCGCCUGGUAAGUCCCUCCUCCUCUCAGACCCGUUUGUGUCGUAUCUGAACCAGCGCUUCAGUGGGUUUAAUAAAACCUUCUCUCAGGUGUCGGCUGACGGGCGCCCUGGCGACAGCCUGCGGAGACGACGGGGUUCGGGUGUUUAAGGAGGACGAAACGUCGGAUCCGGAUCAGCCCGUGUUCUCCCUGUCCGCUCAGGUGACCAAAGCUCACAACCAGGAUGUCAACUGUGUCAACUGGAACCCCAAAGAGGCGGGACUGCUGGCGUCCUGCAGCGAUGACGGAGAGAUCGCCAUCUGGAGGUUCCAGGAAGAAGACUGAGGGAAUAUGAUCACGCACGCCUCUCCAUGAAUGAAAGGGGUCUCUGCAGGUCACACUGGGACCUGGUCCUGAGGUCUCCACGUUUACUGAUCCGUCUGCUAAUUAAAGAAUUCAGCUUUUUUUUAUUUUCCUAACGUGAUCGCGCUUCUUCAGAUGUCUUCAUUAAAGCUCAAAUAAAAGUUUGAUUAUUUGUAAAAAUAAGAGAGUGAAUAAAGAGAAAAUGUAAGAA